ACUCGGGGCAUCUGAACGCCUCACAUCCCGUCCACACACGGAGCCCGGUCACGAUGCUGCCCGAGCCUCUCCUCCAGCAGUGAUGCUGGCCGUCGGCCCUCCCACGCCUCUCCUCUGGGUGCUGCUUUGUGUGUCGGUGGCCCUGCAGCGCUCCGACCUGCGUCUGGCCUACGUCACCCACAGCGGCUUCUUCUACUACUCCUGCAGCCAGGUCCCGCAGCCCUGCAGCGUGCCGUCACUCACGGAGUGCAGAUGCAAUCACAUCCAGGUUUCCACGUCUCCCGUCUUCCGCAUGAGACGCUUAACGGUUUGGUUCACGUCGCCGUCGAACACGGCUCGCCUGCUCAACAACUCGGAGGUCCGACACCUCACUCUGAUUCACUGUGGCCCCGGAGGAGCAGAGGCAGCCUCUUCUCCCCCGGAGGGACACUUUGCCGUGCAGCACCUGGAGAGGCUGACGGUGGUGAACCUGGAGAAGAGGCCGCUGCUUCACCGCUGUCCAGAUAGUAACGAAGCCAGGGGCACAGACUCAAACAGUGACCCCGGCAGAGCUAACGGCGCUCACCUGGACACAAAGAGAUACAAGAAGGACAAAGACACGAACCUGGACAUGAUUAUGAAGAGAGACUCCUUGGCUUUGUCCUCACUCCAGUGCCAAGACAUAUUCCUGGGCAGGGAGCUCGGAGCAGCAUUUCACGAACAGGCCAGACUGGGAAUCAUCCACAGCUCGGUGCUGGAGUGGGGAGCGGUGGUCAAAGCCUACACGGUUCAGACGCACAUAGACAACAACGGCGCGCUGCCGUUCCCCGAGCUCCACCUGCCAAAAUUACCAGAGACAUCCGUCAUAUACGUCAGCUUUGUGUACUGAUGAGUUACUUUUAGAGAGUGCAGGACCGGCAAACAAUCACUUUCCUGCUCACCAGGGAUCCUACAUUUGGGUCUUUUUGGUUGCAGGCCUUCGAUUCACGAAAUAAAUGGAUCGCUCUAAUGUAAACUGACAUUUUUUCAAACCAAAGCACAACUGAAUUAGAUAUUUUCCACCCUAUAUAAUAUAACCAUCAUUGUUCCAAGUGUAGUCUAUUAACUUUGCACAGCUGUUUAUCAGCAUGUUAAAACUAAAUAUAUCAACUGAUGUGAGUCCCUCUGAGGGACCGGUACAGCCGGCCAACCCCCAUCCGGCUGACGUGUCCUUAGUUUCUAAAUGUGGGUUGUGAAAUGGUCGGGUUUCUCUGUUAACCAGCAUUUAUUCUCCUCUCUAAGCGUCCCUCAUGAAGUGGAUCCCAGUGGAUCCCACUCCAGCUCUGGUCAGGCUGCCAAAUUCACACUGAAUAUAAAGCUGCUGCCUGUUUUGAGCUUUUCAUGAUGUGCUCAGCAGAUGUUGUGAUGUGUUUACUUGUAGGCCAAGAUGUCAUCACCAGAGGGAGGACAUUGACCUAAUUUGGAGUUUGUGCAGCAUAAACUCCACCCAGCUCCGCUGUGGUAUUCCCACAGCUGACCUCUGACCUCUGUGUGAAAGAAAGAAGAUGUUUUAUCCUCUGGGAACCACAAGGGGGCAGCAGAUACAUUUGAGUCACAGAGGAAGACUCCAGCUGAAGGACCGAGCCAGCAAACCUUACGUUGAGCAAAUGUGUCACGAUGUAUCUCAGCACUUUAAAAGCCUGUGAGGAAUAUUGUUAGUUAGGAUGGAGGUAUAUGAGUUAGUACAUGAUGCCAUGAUAUUUAUUUGUUUACACAAAUGAAACGAAUAAUGCCGUCACUUCCAUUUGUUUAAAACAGAAAUAAAUUAUUUACUCAUCGCUUGGGAAUUUAACAUUAUGUUCCAAAUGAUCAAAAAUUGUUCAAAGUUGCAAGUAACAUCUCGAAGUAAAUGUGGCGUUUACAAUAUGACGUAGAAAUGGAAAUCCACCUAAAGUCACAUUUUAAAACUGACCUGAAACAAUUGAAAAACACAUUUAUUUUAAUUUUAUUUGCACGUGCGUUUGACGUGGUGAGGUCCAGCUGCAUGUGUCAUCUUAAAGCCUCGCGCAGCCUCGUCAGUCUGAUAAUGAGUCCCGCUUCUACGUGCGUGCGUGUGGAGUGCGUGCUGACACCUGCUAGAGAGAGAGCCGCUUAUUUGCAUGACAAAACGCGCGGCGCAUCUUAUUAAAGCGCCCCGUGAAUGCGAACUGAUGUCGCCUGUUGAUCCUGCACCUGAGAGGUCAGCACACGACGGGGGCAAUUACCGGAGAAAUCACCGGCGGCGACCCGGGGCUGCUCUCCGGGAGCCGGGCCGCUCUCCUUAUGGGGACCCUGAAGGUUUGGUGUGAACCGUGACCUCCACUUGGGCUAAACGGGGGCCACACUAUAGCUCCUCAUUUGCAUGUUCAGUGUGAUGCUCGAGAUGUGUUGAGGCCCCUGAAUGCACACUGUUCAUAUUUAUGUCAGACUAAAAAAAAAAGAAGAAAAAAAAGUGGACAGGCCUAGAGUCAAUGGGAUUGAUUUUGGGUGCGGGGCUCUCCCUCCACUGCGCCCCUCCAACGGAGCCUUCCACCGCGCGGCCGCCGUCUCCUCACCGGCAGUUCAGCGGUAAAACAUUUUUUAUAAUCAGACGUUAUUGUUCGCCGCCUCCUUGUGGGAGAUGCGCCCAUGUUCAUUUUUUAAAAGGGCAAAUCAGCCAUAAUUCAGUUUAUAAACUGCAGCGCGCCGGGGAGAAAUGCCGGGAUGAAUAUUCAUUAGAGACCGCCCGAACUGCCACGCUCCGUGAUUCAUUGGCCGUGUGUAAAUAUCACUCACUUUAAUUGCCCCUAAACUGACUCGACAUAAUGUUGUCAUUAGCAAAUUAUUACUUAUUUGUGAUACUAAUGGUACGGUAUGGCGCUCCGUGCUGAAGCUCCACAUAUAUGAUUGCAAUUACGGCUCUUUUUAUUCACGGGGCGACCGCGGCCACGUGCGCGCGCGCAUGUGUGUGUGCGUGUGCGUGCGUGCGCGUGUGGUUAAGGUGCCAACAAUUAAUUUCACUGACGCAUACACGGGCGACUUCAGUCGAUAGACACAAACACAGCACGCUCACAUCACACUGAACUCAGGACGGUUUAUGGAGAUUUUAAUGUCUUUUUAAAAAAUGUAUAGACUCUCUGUAUCAUCUGGACUGACUUCCGAAUUAACAUUAAAUUGUUUCCCUCCUUACACUUCUUGAACCUACAUUUAGUUUAUUAUUCAGUAAUUCGAUCACCAUUCGUUAUUAAAUGCAAUGAAUAGAACAAAUCAUAAACAUAUAUGUAUCUUAAUAAUUAGAAUAUACAUGGCUCGGCCUAUGGUGCAUUUUGUGUUUUGUUUAUUUUGUGGAAAUAAUCAAAUGUAACUAAUAGCAUGAGAAAUAAUGUGUGUAAAAAGAAUGGGCAAUCAAAAUGUAUUUUUAUUUCAUAAAUGACCAUUACUGAAGUGUUUUAUAUAUGAUUUUGAAUACUCACUUUCUAAAUUAUUAAAACAUAUGUUUUCAUUGGA